AUAGGUUUGGCAGGGAGUGGCCCCUGCACCUGUCCGACCUGUUUGGGGGACAUAUGACUCCGGAGGAAUUUCCCUCGCUUGCUAUCGUCCAUUGUUUAACGGAGCCUGAUUUAGUGGGAGUCUGUGAGAGGGUGAGAGUCAGAGGAGAGGGGGAGAUAGAGAGAAGAGAGAGGGAGGUAUAGAGAUGUCGGAACCAGCCACUAAUCCCGCUGCCACCUCGUUCCCAGCGCCAACUAUUUCUCUACCUUUGGGACUGGAAGUAUUGAGAACUUACUCUGGAGCCCUUGUCUGUUUAGAAAUAUUAUUUGGUGGUCUGGUAUGGAUCCUGGUGGCCUCCUCGAACGUGCCCGUGCCUCUGCUGCAGGGCUGGGUGAUGUUUGUCUCUGUCACUACCUUCUUUCUCUCCUCUGCCUACCUCACACUCUUCAUCACUGGCCUGGCUGACCGCAUCAACACUGACUGGAAUUUCUUGGAUGUGUUCUACCAUUUUGUGGCUUUGCUUUUCUACUUUGCUGCCUUCGUGCUGGAGGCAGCAGCUACAGCAGCCAAUGGAGGAGCCCACAUCAGCCCAUUGCCUAACAGCACUGAUACGGUCCUGUGUAUAACCUACCCUCGAGGCAAUAUAUUCACAGUCAUGAGUGACAAGCAAUACAGUAUUAAUGUGGCAGCCACGAUAUUUGCAUUUGUGGUGACACUAUGCUACGGCUUCAGUAUGAUGAUGGGCUUCAAGAGGUGGAGGAUGUAACCAGUAAAACAUGCACAAACUAGUUUUAUAACUGCUUCAUAACUUCAACAUGUAUUUU